CGCGACGAAAACAUUUUCGCGACGACACGGACGAUGGCUUCAACUAUCGGCAGCGGCAACGCGAUCGCGUCCAAGAAGCGGCAAUGGGAGGCCCAGCAGUCCAUGAAAGAAGUGCGUGAAUCUCUGCCCAUCUUUGCGUGGAAGAAGACGAUCCUGGAUAACCUACGGAAGCACCGUGUGCUCAUCUUGGUCGGGGAGACAGGGUCAGGAAAGACGACGCAGCUGCCCCAGUACGUCCUCGAGAGUCACAUGACGGCACCGCACAAACGAAUUGCUGUGACGCAGCCUCGCCGAGUGGCUGCCAUUACGGUGGCGCAGCGUGUGGCUGCCGAAAUGAACACGACGAUUCCAGGAGGACCCGUUGGGUAUUGCGUCCGAUUCGACGACACGACAUCUUCCGCGACAAAGCUCAAGUUCAUGACAGACGGGAUGCUCGUGCGUGAAGCGCUUCUGUUUCCCGACCUGGCCAGCUACUCGGUAAUCGUCCUCGAUGAAGCGCACGAACGUUCGCUGCAGACGGAUAUACUAUUUGGCAUUGUCAAGCGUGCGUUGGCCAGCCGGGGGGUGAAGAACGACCUGCGUGUCGUCGUCAUGUCUGCGACGCUGGAUGUUGCGCUGUUCCAGAACUUUUUUGCCGCGAGUGACCCCGCCGUGCUGCGCAUUCCUGGUCGGACCCACCCCGUCGACAUCUUUUACACGAUCAAGCCGCUUCCAGACUACUUGGACGCAGUCCUCAUCACGACCCUUCAAAUUCACUUGGACGAAAAAGACAACACAGGGUCGAUCUUGGUCUUUCUCACCGGCCAAGAAGACAUUGAAACGAUGGAAAGUCUUUUGAACGACUACGCGACGCGCUUGCCGCCCCACGUUCCAAAGCUUUGGGUUUGCCCCAUCUUUUCCGCGAUGCCGCGAGAGUCGCAAAUGCUGGCGUUUGAACCCGCGCCACCCAACGUUCGCAAAGUCAUCUUGGCGACCAACAUCGCGGAAACGUCGAUUACGAUCAACGGCGUGCGGUUUGUUGUUGAUACAGGCCUGGUCAAGCAGCGGUCGUUUGUCGGGCACAUGGAAACUCUGCAAAUCGAGCCGAUUUCGCAAGCGCAAGCAUGGCAGCGUAGCGGUCGCGCUGGCCGUGAAGCCCCUGGCGUGUGCUACCGUUUGUUUCCCGAAGCCAAAUUUGAAGAGCUCGCCACGCGCGCCAUUCCUGAAAUCAAACGGGUGAGCUUAGAGGUCGUCGUGUUGCAACUCAAGUGCAUGGGGAUCGACGACGUGCUGUCUUUUGAGUUCAUUGAGCGUCCGAAUACCAAGCACAUGAUCCAAGCGCUGGAAAAGCUGUACGCGCUCGGCGCUUUUACUCCGACUGGCACCCUUACCGAUCUGGGACGUAACGUGGCGAGCCUGCCCGUGGACCCGAUGGCGUCGAUUAUGCUCUUGAAAGCCAUCGAGCUGGGAUGUGUCAGCGACGCUGCGUCGAUUGUCGCGAUGCUUUCCGUGGAGUCGAUAUUCUACAUGCCCCGUGACCACAAAGAGAAGGCGGCGGCGUCACGCGCGCCGUUCGUCUCGACUGACGGCGACCAACUCAUGCUGCUAAACGUGUACAACGCGUACGCGUCGUGCAGCGUCAAACAGCGUUUCAAGUGGGCCAAAGAUCACUUUAUCAACCUCCGCGCCAUGCAACGGGUGGAGAGCGUGCGAGAUCAGCUCGUGCGGUACCUGCGCCAAGCCAAGCCCGACGCCGACAUGACAUCGUCCGCGCUGCCAGACACCGUGCCCGUUCGAAAAGCGAUGGUCGCAGGCUACUUUCUCAACUCGGCGACCCGCAUGAAGAGCGCGCUGAACGGCACCCAAGCGUACCACACAAUGUGCCUCCCCAAACGCGAAGAGGUCAAGGUCCAUCCUUCUAGUGUCAUGUUCAUGCGCAAUCCCGCGCCCCGCUACGUCCUCUUCAACGAACUUGUGUUUACGAGUAAGCAGUACAUUCGAGGCGUUGUCCCGAUUGAGAAGGAGUGGCUCGUGGAAGCCGCCCCCAACUUUUUCCAUCGAGUCGACCACGCCAAGUAGUAAAAAAAAACAUGAACGUUCGAUGCGA